UAUACAUAUUUUCGUAUAUAGGUUUAGACCUUUAGAAGUAUAUACAACUGUUGACUUUUUCUUGUUUAAGUUUAACCAGGGAUUUAAAAUGAUUAUGGAUGGAAUUGUUUCGGUUUUUAAUAUAUGAUCGGGUGUUAAAUCGAAGGAGGUAUUUUUCUUACAAUUUAUGCAAAAUAAGGCGAUUAUAGAUAUGCUGCGAUAAAUUCUAUUCGUUAAGACGCAUUUGUACAUAAUUUGUACAAAAGCCGACAUGUGAAAAACUUGCUGAUUUAUGUAAAAGCUUUCUAUAAACUGAUAACUUUUGUACUGAUUUGGCGUGUUUAGGACUGGAAACUUUAAUAAUUUGGAUUUAAUCAAACAAAUUUGAGUCCAUGCGAGAUAAUAAAAGUUACUUGAUUUUCUGUGAAAAGUGACUUUGUCGAUAGUCAGCAUGCAUUUUGUUGCCAGGAAUUCUACUGACGCGGCCUAUCAGGCGCAAGGAUACACUCUACGUUCAGACCCUCUAGUGCUCUUCCGUCAGCCACCAACGACAAUUCAUGGAUCACCAGCUUUGACGCACAGACGGACACAUUCUGGCGGUAGUAUUAAGCUCCUGCAUCACUCUACUAAACAGAAUAACAAUGAUAUUGAGCUUAACGCUCUGGAACCUUUGAUAACGCAAGAGGUGAAACCGGAACCUGUAGCAGAAGACGAAGUAAACUCCGAGCAUGAUUGUGAGGCAGAAAAUUGUAAACGUGUUACCAUUAAUGUCGCAGGCCUUAAGUUUGAGACACAGCUGAAAACCCUUAAUCGAUUGCCCUCCACUUUGCUCGGAAAUGCGUCUAAACGGGAGCAGUUCUGGAUUUCUGCUAAGAAUGAAUAUUUUUUCGAUCGCCACCGUCCAUCUUUUAAUGCAAUACUUUACUAUUAUCAGAGUGGUGGCCGACUCAAACGCCCAGUCGAGGUACCUGUAGAUAUAUUCAUAGAAGAAUUGGAGUUUUUCCAACUUGGAGAUGCAGUGAUUGAUUCAUUCAAAGUGUCGGAAGGGUUUCUGCUUGAUAAUUCGGACGACAUUGAAAUGCCGGAACAUAAAAUUAGCAGGGUGAUAUGGGAAAUAUUCGAAUAUCCGGGUAGUUCAGUGAUUUCCAACGUAAUCGCCAUCGUUUCGGUUGUAUUUAUCUUAACGUCUAUAGUAACAUUUUGUAUCGAAACCCUACCUCAGUUUAAGAACAAAGACUGUACGAAUGCAACUGUGUAUGACGCAGACGGUAAUCCAUCAUCAAUCAAGAAGUUCAAUUACUCUGACCCCUUAUUUAUUAUCGAAUCUUCCUGCAUUCUCUGGUUUGUGUUUGAACUGCUAAUUCGGUUCAUAGUGUGUCCUUCAAAAUUGAAGUUCGUUAAGAAUCUUGUUAACUGGAUUGACAUUUUGUCUAUUGCACCCUACUUUGUUUUUAUGAUUGCGUUCUUCAUCACUAACAGUUGUGAAAACAACAGUCGGAUUCUUUCGGUACUAAGGGUGCUGAGAGUGGCAAGGAUUUUCAAGCUGAGUAGAUUUUCAGACGGACUUCAGAUCCUCGCGAAAACGAUGCAAGUCAGUUUACGUGAAUUGUCUAUGUUCGUACUGUUCCUAAGUAUUGCUGUUGUGAUUUUCGCGGGUGCUAUUUUUUACGCGGAGGCACAGUCGGAGGAGUCGUUUUUCACCAGUAUUCCUGAUGCAUUCUGGUGGGCUGUGAUAUCUAUGACAACAGUCGGAUACGGGGAUGUAUAUCCGACAGGAACUCUGGGAAAAAUUAUUGGAAGUAUGUGUGUGCUGUCUGGACUUCUUGCCAUAGCACUUCCGGUUCCUGUAAUCGUGACCAAUUUUAACAAUAUAUAUCGACAAACUACUGGACGCGGGAAUCAUAUCUAAGUCGGAUUAAAAAUAAGGUGAUAAAAUCCAACACAAACAAUAUUUACUUGCACGGACAAGUUUAUUUCUCUAUGUUAAAUUAUUUAUUUAUUCACAACAAAUGUGUCUUAUAAUGCAUUCUAUAAAUAAAUAUACAACUGUCUCAAUUCCUUUUUUUAUGGGAUAAAAAAAAAUAAAACUUAGUGAUCACCUCCCAAGUUAGAAAUAUAAUUAUAGAAAGCUUAAUUAUAGAUUAUGCCUCAGAAAAAAAUGUUUUACUGCUUAGAAAGAGAAACAUGAAUGUUUAUAUAAUGGUUUAAUAAAACAUUAGAUACUUGUAACAUGAAGAAUAAGCCAUAAAUGUGAAAUAAUUUGUCAUAAAAC